CGUAAAUAUUAGUAAAUACUGAAUACGCUGUCUCGUGGUUGCACGGCGGCUACAUGAUAUGAUUUAUUCUAAUUUAUGUACCAAAUUUUGUAAUUAUGGAAGAUGAAGUCGAAGACAUUGUGGGUGACGUUAAAUAUACCGAUUCCCAAAAAAGUGUGACCACUUCAGCUGUAUAUUCAUUAGAUUUUACAGACAGCAGUUCAGACAAACAUAAUUCUUCUGGUAAAGAUACAUACGUCAUAGAAUAUGAUAGUGACGACAGUGACAAAACAUUUCAAGUGCAUAAAAGUGAGAGCAACAUAAAUUUGACAGAUAAAGAAUCAGUUUUAAAUGUAAGACAAAAUACUAAAGCAGCUACCAAUCCAGAGAUAUUCACACAAACCAGCAAGACUAUUAUUGAACUGGCUCAAAAAGAAACAAAUAAACCAAUAGAAAACACACUGGAAACACAAACUUCAUUUGUAUCUAUAACCGAAAACCAAUCAAUAGCGUAUAAAAUACAAAUACUUGGUACAAAUCGUAGCUAUAAUAGUGAUGAAUUGAGAGAAACACAGUCCACCAAUGGAAAAUUGUUUAAAAAAAAUAUCAGUAACGUACAAAACUAUACCAAUAGUCUGAUUUUAACAAAUACUUUUGAAGACACGGCCACUGUUUUCAGUCCAUUAGAACAAGAAAAAAACACUGACGAUGAGCAUGGAAAGAGUGUAAAUAAUUUAGAUGAAGGCGUUAUCCGUUUCAUUGAAGAAUCGAAGGAAGACACGGAAAUUAAAGCUCCAAGUACAAUACUUCAUAGCUACACCAGUGAAUUUGAAUCAAGUAAUUUCGACUCUGAUAUCGAAAAUGAUUCUCUGAUGGAAAACGAAUACUAUGAUGGUAAGACUAAGAGUAGAGAUGACAAUAGUGAAACAAGCGAGAUGCUAAAUUCUAUUGAUAGCGAUGUUGAGGAGCUGUAUUAUAAAUUAUCACAGAGUCCUCAGUUAUUAUCACCAAAUUUAUCCGUGGAACCGGCUGUCCGAAACAUUGGUUUGUUAUCGCCACUUACAGAAGAAACAGUACAGAAAAAAGAUAGUAUUGUUGAUUUAACGCCAAGCGUUGAAACAUUAACUAAAUCCAGCGGAUAUAGCGAUAACAACACUCUCUUUGUGAACAAUGCUGGAAUGAAGGUAACAUUAUUCACAGACCACGACAGCACAAACGAUAAUAUCAAUUUGAAAUUACCCCCUAUUUAUAAGAAUCAGUCUUGCCCAAGUUCUCCCCAUUUAAACUUUUUAUUUACUCUCAAUAAUCAAAAACAUAUUAAGAAAACUGGCACGCUGCCUUCCUUAUACGAAAGACAGAAUGAACAAUUUGACAGAUGGGAAAUAGGUACAAAAGAUUUGGCAUCCGGUGAAAGUCCGAAUAUAAACAAAAACAAUGAGCCAAUGAAGAUUUUAAAAGACAGUAUCCACUUACCCGCAAUUCACUUAGAAGGGUUGACUAACAAUACGAAUAACAGAACAAAUUGUUUUACAUCAAGUAUACAACAAUCAUCAAUCAACGGUUCCUUCGACAUAAUCAGUAUUCAAGGAAAAAUAAAAGAGUUAAAGAUGAGUGCUAAGAAACCAAGGACUAAGUAUUCAAGCAGAAGUGUAUCGCCUACUAGCUUGUCAUCUCCCAAUGAAAGCAAGAUAUGCGAUACUGCUGAAAAAGCUUGUGACCUUCUCUGUACUGAAUUACUACGUAGACUGCGAUCGACGUCUUGGGUUGAAAUAACAGAGACAUUAGGAGAUUUACCAAAAGCUUUAGAAAAAUUUUGGUCUGUUGUCACGGAAAAUCGCAUUGCUGAUUUAAUAAGACAGGUGUCGGGGCACAUAGAGUCUCCGCGCACGCAAGUCGCACGUGCAGCUUGCAAGACUCUUGCGGAAAUUUUAAAAAAUACCAACUAUACUAAAAAGCCUGACUUUUAUGAAGCUAUGUCAGCGUUAUUGAUAAAGACUGGUAGUUACAAUCGGCCCGUGAGGCGAGAAGCAAACGUUGCUCUCGACGACAUCGUCUGCAGUGCUGACGUCACGCAGUGUGUCGCCGCCAUCUGCGUAUAUGGAGUCAGUCACAAGAGCAUAUUAGUCCGUUGCUCAUCCGCACGUCUACUCGUUGUGUGUUGCGCCCUGGCGGAAGGAGGCCGACAGAUUCUGCGCACGCGCCCUCCAUCCGCAGCCGCAGCGCGGAGACACGCUUUACGCUCACUAGCGGAAUUAUUACAAGAUAAAAAUAUUGACACAAGGAAAUACGCUGAACGUCUUUAUGCGAUACUACGACCGCUUCCGAACUUCGAAGCCUACUUUCUAACUGAUGUGGACGCGGAACUCGCUUCAAAACACAUGAAGAAAUAUGAUCAGCUGUUAAACAACUCCAAAACCAGGUGACCGUUACGAGCUGCCUUUCGAGACUUCGCCUUGCGUGGAUUCGUAUGCUUAGUAAUGCAUAUAUCAGAUUUAAGAUAUUUUGUAUUA